UCGGGAAGGUGGGGGUAUACGGGACUUGAUGAUACUAGAAUCGGGGCGGUUUAAACACAACAUCUUGUCUUUUUUAAAAUAGAUACAUAGUUUUAAAAGAAAGGGAUAAUAGGAGUUUCGGAUUUUGAAGCGAGGGGUGUCGUUGUAUUAAAUAAAAGCGUGAAUGGGUUUCGAAAACACCCCCCUUUUUCGAAUUUGUUACAUUCCGAUUUUAAAGGGCGAGAUACUACCAAGUCUGUUCUCCUAGAGAGAAAGACAGUUUCUUACGGACUUGCAGAAUGAAUUAACAGAUUUGCUCCCCGUUUUUUUUUCCUUCUUCUUCUUUUCCUUCCCAUUUACUUGCUGUCGUUCUUCAAAGGCGAAAAAAGCUUCCGAGGACGUGGGAUGUAACUGGUGCAACUGGGAAACCAGAUCCGUUUUCAAGUGUGGUCGUUCUACAGCGGAGACUCGACUCGUCAUGGAAAUGUCUUCUGUUGAUGCGAGUGGCCCGGGCCGUCCUUGAAGAUUGUAGCUUACAAAAAAUGUUUGGUUGAACCCCCGGACGAAACUAAAAGCAGACGGGAAUAAAGCUGUUCAUUUCCACACCUUCCUCCCUCCCCGCACCCCUCCGCGCAGAAUGAAACCCCGUUGGCUCACCCUCGCUCUGGCCCUGCUGCACUUGAGGACGUCAUGGGGAGCCCCGUCGUCGCCCCCAACUGUGGGCUCUCCUCUCCCCCACUCGGGCACCUUCUUCCAGGUCUCAGAUACCAGCCUUAGCCACCUGGCAGUGCACCAGCAGACCGGGGACGUGUUUGUGGGUGCCCUGAAUCGCAUCUACAAGCUCUCCGCCAACCUGACCGAACAGCUGCGUCACGUGACUGGCCCGGUAGCGGACAAUGCCAAGUGUUACCCUCCCCCCAAUGUGCGGGCCUGCGCCCACAGACUGGCCCCUUCCGACAACGUGAACAAGCUGCUCCUGGUGGACUACGCCGGCGAGCGACUGGUGGCUUGCGGGAGCCUCUGGCAAGGCGUGUGCCAGUUCCUGAGACUGGAUGACCUUUUUAAGCUGGGGGAACCUCACCACCGCAAGGAGCACUACCUCUCUGGGGCGAGAGAGGCCGACGGGAUGGUCGGGGUCAUGGUGGCGGGAAGCGAAACGGGGACCAAAAAGGGAGGCGGCAACUUGUUCGUCGGGGUGUCCAUCGACGGGAAAUCGGAAUACUUCCCGACGCUGUCGAGCCGGAAGCUGGUCGCGGAUGAGGAGAGCGUGGAGAUGUUCGGCUUGGUCUACCAGGACGAGUUCGUCUCCUCGCAGAUCAAGAUCCCUUCGGACACCCUCUCCCUCUACCCGGCUUUCGACAUCUACUACGUCUACGGUUUCGCCAGCCGCGCUUACGUCUAUUUCCUGACCCUCCAGCUGGACACCCAGCUGACCCAACUAGACGCCGGGGGAGAGAAGUUCUUUACCUCCAAAAUCGUCCGGAUGUGCGCGAACGAUUCAGAGUUCUACUCGUACGUGGAGUUCCCGCUGGGCUGCACCAAGGACGGGGUGGAGUACCGGCUGGUUCAAGCCGCCUAUAAGCAGCGUCCGGGCAGGAAGCUAGCCCAAGCUCUGGGCCUGUCCGAGGACGAGGACGUCCUGUUUGCCGUCUUCUCCCAGGGCCAGAAGAACCGGUCCAACCCUCCCAGAGAGUCUGUCCUCUGCCUCUUCACGCUGCGCGACGUCAACGAGGCCAUGAGAGACCGGAUCCAGUCCUGCUACCGAGGGGAAGGAAAGCUCUCCCUGCCCUGGCUUCUCAACAAGGAGCUGCCUUGCAUCAAUACGCCGAUGCAAAUAGAUGAUAAUUUCUGCGGUCUGGUCUUGAACCAGCCUCUUGGGGGGCUCCGUGUGAUCGAGGGGACCCCUCUUUUCGAGGACCGGAUGGACGGGAUGGCAGCUGUCGCCGCUUAUACCUACGGGGAGCAUUCGGUGGUGUUUGUGGGCACACGCAGCGGGCACCUCAAAAAGAUCCGAGUGGACGGCGUUCCUCCACCUUCCCAGAAUGCCCUGCUGUACGAAACAGUGCCGGUUUCGGAGGGCAGCCCAGUACUUCGUGACAUGGUCUUCAGUCCAGACUAUCGGUUCAUCUAUCUGCUCAGUGACAAGCAGGUGAUCCGGGUUCCAGUGGAGAGCUGUGGGCAGUACCGCUCGUGUGGCGCUUGUUUGGGUUCUGGAGACCCACACUGCGGAUGGUGUGUCCUUCAUAACAAGUGCUCCAGGCAGGAGGAGUGUGAGAAAUGGAGCGAACCUCGCAGGUUCACAACAGAGCUGAGUCACUGCGUGGAGCUCAGCGUGACUCCCAACAACAUCUCCGUCACCACCUCAGACGUGCAGUUGACGCUGCGGGUACGGAAUGUUCCGGACCUGAAGGCGGGGGUGACCUGCUCCUUCGAUGACCUCACAGAGAGCGAGGGGGCGCUCCUGCCUCGAGGACAGGUGCUGUGUGUGUCCCCGUCCCUCCGGGAUGUCCCCACUCUAACCCAAAGACACGGAGACAAGCGUGUCGUGAAGCUGUACCUGAAAUCUAAAGAGACUGGGAGGAAGUUUGCUAGCACGGACUUCGUUUUCUACAACUGCAGCGUGCUGCAAUCGUGCCUGUCUUGUGUUAGCAGCUUGUACCACUGCCACUGGUGCAAAUACAGACACGUGUGCACCAACAACGUGGCUGAGUGCUCCUUCCAAGAGGGGAUCGUCGGCAACACAGAGGGGUGUCCACAGGUCAUUCCCACCAAUGACAUCUUGGUUCCGGCCGGCGUGGUUCGACCAAUCACGCUGCGGGCUCGGAACCUUCCUCAGCCUCAGUCCGGACAGAAGAACUACGAGUGUGUCUUCAGCAUCCAGGGCCGAUCCCAGCGGGUGCCGGCCGUGCGCUUCAACAGCUCCUGCAUCCAGUGCCAGAACACCUCGUACUGGUAUGAUGGAGACGAUGUCGGAGACCUGCCUGUCGAUUUCUCUGUGGUCUGGGACGGCGAUUUCUUCAUCGACAAACCAGCUUCCAUGAAAGCCCUGCUGUAUAAGUGCUCAGCCCAGAGGGAGAGCUGCGGCCUGUGUCUGAAAGCAGACCCCAGCUUCGACUGCGGCUGGUGCCUGACUGAGAGGAAGUGUCUGCUGAAGCAGCACUGCUCGAGCUCGGAGCUUAACUGGAUGCACCUAGGCCGUCGCAACGUUCGCUGCACCCACCCGCGCAUCACCAAGAUUCGACCCCUGACCGGCCCAAAGGAAGGAGGAACGAGGGUCACCAUCUCAGGAGAGAACCUGGGGCAGCACGUCCGUGAGAUCACGCACGUCAGAGUGGCCGGUGUGCGCUGCAACCCUGUCCCCCUGGAGUACAUCAGCGCUGAAAAGAUCGUGUGUGACAUGGAGGAGUCGUUGCUUCCCAAUCCACCAGGGGGCCCUGUGGAGCUGUGUAUCGGAGACUGCAGCUCCGAGUAUCGCACCCAGUCUCACCAGAGUUACUCUUUUGUGACUCCAGUCUUUAUUAAAGUUCGUCCGGACAGAGGUCCAGUCUCCGGGGGUACCAGGCUCACAGUGUCGGGGAGGCAGCUGGACGCUGGCAGCUCCGUGACUCUCUUCCUGGGGCAAGGAGAGUGCCACUUUAUCAGACGCAGUGGUCAGUACGUUGUGUGCGUCGCCCCGGCCUCUUCCUCUGGCCCUGGCCCCACAGCGGUCAAGCUCUUCAUCGACAAGGCCGAAGUCACCAACUCUGAGGUCGCGUACCACUACUCCGAGGACCCCACGGUGUCCAAGAUUGAGCCUGACUGGAGUAUAUUUAAUGGCAGUACUCCACUCACUGUGACCGGAAGCAAUCUGCUCACCAUCCAGGAGCCCAGAGUGAGAGCCAAGUACGGGGGCUUCGAGACCACCAACGCGUGUCGUGUCUUCAAUGACUCAGUGAUGACCUGCAGUGCUCCUGGGAUUGUGUACAUGAAGAGAGGCAUCCCCGAGUCCAGCCAGCGUCCAGACGAGUUCGGCUUCAUUCUAGACAACGUCCAGUCGCUGCGGACCCUCAACAGCACCCCCUUCACCUACUACCCCAACCCCCACUUCGAACCGCUGGGGAAUUCUGGGAUACUGGAGGUCAAGCCCGGUUCUCCCAUCAUACUCAAGGGUAGAAACCUGAUUCCUCCCGUCUCUGGGAACGCCCGUCUGAACUACACUGUGCUGAUUGGAGAGACCGUCUGUCUGCUCACCGUCUCAGAGUCUCAGCUGCUCUGUGAUUCGCCGGACCUCACCGGCAAGCAGCGAGUCACGAUCUUGGUUGGUGGUUUGGAGUUCUCUCCCGGGACGCUCCACAUCUUCUCGGACAGCGCUCUCUCUCUCCCGGCGAUCAUCGGCAUUGGUGCAGGGGGCGGGGUGCUCCUCAUCGCCAUCAUCGCCGUGCUCAUCGCUUACAAGCGCAAGACCAGAGAUGCAGACCUGACCCUCAAGAGACUGCAGCUCCAGAUGGACAACCUGGAGUCCAGAGUGGCUCUGGAGUGUAAGGAGGCGUUCGCUGAGCUGCAGACUGAUAUUCAGGAACUGACCAAUGACAUGGAUGGAGUGAAGAUCCCAUUCCUGGAGUAUAAGACUUACACCAUGAGAGUCAUGUUCCCUGGCAUUGAGGAGCACCCUCUGCUCAAAGAGCUGGACUCCCCAGCGAACGUGGAGAAAGCCCUGCGUCUCUUCAGCCAGCUGCUUCACAACAAGGUUUUCCUGCUGACCUUUAUCCACACGCUCGAGGCGCAGCGUUCUUUCUCCAUGCGCGACCGCGGCAACGUGGCCUCCCUCCUCAUGGGGGCGCUGCAGGGGCGCAUGGAGUACGCCACCGUGGUGCUCAAGCAGCUGCUGGCUGACCUGAUCGAGAAGAACCUGGAAAACCGGAACCACCCCAAACUGCUCCUCCGCAGGACAGAGUCGGUGGCCGAGAAGAUGCUGACAAACUGGUUCACUUUCCUGCUGCACAGAUUCCUCAAGGAGUGUGCCGGGGAGCCUCUGUUUAUGCUGUACUGUGCGAUCAAACAGCAGAUGGAGAAGGGACCCAUUGACACGAUCACUGGAGAAGCACGCUACUCGCUGAGCGAGGACAAACUGAUCCGACAGCAGAUAGACUACAAGCAACUGACUCUGAACUGCGUGCCUCCUGGGGGGGAGCCAGGCUCUGAGAUCCCGGUCAAGGUGCUGAACUGCGACACCGUGACCCAGGUGAAGAACAAGCUGCUGGACGCUGUGCACAAGAGCAUCCCCUUCUCACAGAGACCCCAGGCAGAGGACAUGGACCUGGAGUGGCGGCAGGGCAGGCUGACCCGAGUCAUUCUCCAGGACGAAGACGUCACGACAAAGAUUGAGAGCGACUGGAAGAGACUGAACUCGCUGGCGCACUACCAGGUGUCGGAUGGUUCAUUGGUGGCGCUGGUUCAGAAGCAGGUAUCUGCCUAUAACAUUGCCAACUCCUUCACCUUCACCAGAUCUCUUAGUCGAUACGAGAGUCUCCUGCGCACCUCCAGCAGUCCGGACAGCCUGCGUUCGCGAGCCCCCAUGAUCACCCCGGACCAGGAGAGUGGUACCAAGCUGUGGCACCUCGUCAAGAACCACGAGCACUCGGACCACCGGGAGGGGGACCGGGGCAGCAAGAUGGUGUCCGAGAUCUACCUCACCCGCCUGCUCGCCACCAAGGGCACGCUGCAGAAGUUUGUGGACGACCUGUUUGAGACGGUGUUCAGCACAGCACACAGAGGAAGCGCCCUCCCGCUCGCCAUCAAGUACAUGUUUGAUUUCCUGGACGAGCAGGCAGACCGGAGACAGAUUAGUGACCCCGACGUGCGACACACCUGGAAAAGCAACUGCCUGCCUUUGCGGUUCUGGGUGAAUGUCAUUAAGAACCCGCAGUUUGUGUUUGACAUUCACAAGAGCAGCAUCACAGACGCCUGCCUGUCUGUCGUGGCUCAGACCUUCAUGGAUUCCUGCUCCACCUCUGAGCACCGCCUGGGCAAGGACUCCCCUUCCAACAAGCUGCUCUAUGCCAAAGACAUCCCCAACUACAAGAACUGGGUGGAGAGAUACUACAGAGAUAUCGCUAAAAUGCCAGCAAUCAGUGACCAGGAUAUGGACGCUUACCUGGUCGAGCAAUCCCGUCUCCAUGCCAACGAGUUCAACACUCUGAGCGCGCUCAGUGAGCUCUACUUCUAUGUCAACAAAUACAAAGAGGAGAUCCUGACCUCGCUGGACCGCGACGUUUACUGUCGGAAACACAAACUGAGACAGAAGCUGGAGCAAGCCAUUAACCUGAUGUCCGGCAGCAGCUGAGGUUAGGAGCGGUCACUGCGAGACUGACCUACAGCAAAGUGCCAUACAACACGACUUGAGAGGAGACUGGAGACCGAGAGGAGAGAGGUCUGGGCUGUAGAGAAGAUCAUGUGGGCCCAACUUGGGUUUCUCACCUGGGCUCUGAAAACAAAGGACUGUUUCAUACAGACGGACCUCUUUGGGAAUGAAGCAGACUUUUGGGGAGGUUGGACGUCAACGGACACAAGCAUUGAUGGACAGCGGUUGUUUUUAAGAGGAGAAAUGUGUCCACAUUUGAUGCCGUCUCCAGGCUAUUUGUUUUGGGUGUGGGGAGAAGUGCAAGGGAAUUAAAUUAUAUAUAUAAAAAAGCAAAGCAGUCAUUCAGUUGAAAUUAAAUUGUCAUUUUUGUGGUGAAUAUAUAUAAUCGAUGGAUGAUCAAUAGGGUUUGUAGUGGUACCAGAAAUUCUCUAUAAAGUUGCACUAUACCUAGUUUUAUAUAUUGAAUUUAACAAAUAUUUGUAAAAAAAAUAA